GAGUUUCUGUAAGCAAUCAAGGCUUUUAUAGAGCACAUAAAGCAGAAAGAAUAGGUUGUCCUCACCCCGGAGGCUAAAUAAAAGCUUGCUACACACGUCUUCAUAGCAUGUUGCAAGGGAUCCAUUUGUGCGUGCAAAGUGUGCACAUGCGAAGUGAGUGUGGAGGCAGACACAAUAAAGGAGAAUACGUGGGAGGGGGCACUUUUUCUGAGGAUUUGAGGGAGAUAGGUUAUGUAGGUCCCUUUUUCUCUCCCCCUCUUUCUGUCACUCUCGCUCAGACUGAGUGAGAAACACCAUCUCUCUGCCUGACUCUUCAUACCAGUGUGGGCUUCUGUGUAGCUUGCAAUACGACAUUUGUUUCUAGAGAUUUAAGACCUGUGGCAAGAAAGAAAAGACGUGAAGCGAAAAAAAAGGGUAGCAGUGAUAGCUAGAAAAUAACCUAAUUUGCUCAAGUGAAGAGAUACCACACAGGGAUUUUCUAAGUGCCUCCAAUUUGCACAGGCUGGCCUGCAUAGACAUGGAUGUCUUCACGGAUAAGGAUUUCAGUAUGACUGGGAACACGAGUCAUGAAACGCCACGAGCAAGAAUAGAAGGAAACAAAGACCAAGGACUCAACCACAGCGACCCCUUGGACAUGUUCAUAGGCAUAGAGCUCCUUCAGCGAUACAAGCCUCUCUUCCUGCCUUUGUACUGCCUUGUUGUGGUAGUAGCUGUUGUUGGAAAUUCCUUCCUUUUGGCUUGCAUCCUGGCUGACAAGAAACUCCACAAUGCCACCAACUUUUUCAUCGGUAACUUAGCAGCAGGUGACCUGUUGAUGUGUUUGACUUGUGUUCCGCUGACAGUGUCUUACGCCUUCGACAGCCACGGCUGGGCUUUUGGAAGACCUUUCUGCCAUUUGGUUCCCUUGCUGCAGUGUGCCACAGUCUUUGCAUCGGUGCUUUCACUCACUGCUAUUGCUGUGGACCGCUAUAUUGUUGUAGCUCAUCCAGUACGGAGGAGGAUUUCUGUGUGGGGUUGCGGUGCAGUGACUCUGGGUGUCUGGCUUUUAUCGUUGGCCCUGGCCGCACCUCCAUCUUACUACACAGACUACCUGGACCUGCGGCCCACGGGCAUUGACCUGGUAGUGUGUGAAGAAUUCUGGCCAAAUAGUGGCAAUCUGCGGCUUCUCUACUCUUGCUUCAUUUUAAUAACCUCGUAUAUGAUCCCACUGCUGUCAGUUAGCGUAUCCUACUGUGCCAUUACUAUCAGUUUGAAGCGCUAUUCAGUGCCUGGGGAGCCAUCAAACAGUCAGCAGCGCUGGAGCCAAAGGAGGAAGAAGACUUUCUCUCUGCUGGUGGCCUCAGUGCUGGCCUUUGCCCUGUGUUGGCUGCCUCUCCAGGUGCUGAACCUGUUGCUGGAUUUGGACCCAGACUUCCAUAUUAUGGGCAAGCGCUACAUAAAUGUCUUACAAGUAUGUUGCCACUUAGUGGCUAUGAGUUCUGCAUGUUACAAUCCUUUCAUUUAUGCCUCACUGCACAGCAAGGUGCGAAUGCACCUCAAAGGUUAUCUCUGUCCUUGCCACAACCGCCAGAGGAGGAUGGUGGAGAGAUCCAGGAGUUGAACCCACAAUGCAACUGUAGCAGCUCUUGAUAUGCAGAGCCCAUUCUUAUCCGCAAGCUAGCACCUGCACCCCAGCAUGAGCGUUAAUGUCUGAGACAUCCAGGAGAAUACAAUGCAGCUGUUCAACAUUUAUUUAAACCAUUUUCUCCAUGCUUUACCAGCAUUUUGUGACGUCAUGGCAUUUAGUCCUUUCUUGUAGCGUCCCCAAAGGCAGUGCUAAAAAAAAACAAAGAAAAAACACUGCUUACAAAAAAAAAUCCAAUGAUGGUAAAGAAGAAAGAAGACCAGUGAAGAGUCCACUGGGAUCCCUGUGUUGUGCUUAGAUGGCAGUGCUGCAGAGGCUAGGCAGACGCUGCAGCUUUGAAAAGGCCAGCGGGGGUAUAAACAGUGUUCAGCUGUAGCAGACUUAUGCUUGAGGCUGAGAUCAUGGGUGUUAACACUGGUUACAGGGACCGGUUUGCUUAAACAUUAAACACUUGACUUCAGGGAGCUGACCGUACAGUGAACUCCUCAAACCAGACGUGGAUCAGGAAAAGACAUGCGAUGGUUUUAUGUUGUCCACAGCACUGAAUGUCCGCCUUUCAAAAAUGUCAUUCAAUUAUUUACAUAUAUUAUUGAAUAACAAAUUACUGGCUAUUUUUAGGUUUAUUAAACGUAAUUAGGUGGUACAGUCUAAGUGUGUUUAUGUGUAAUAAAUAUAUAUUUGUGUUUGUGCAUACAUGCUGUAUGCAGUUUCUUCAUUUUCCUCAGUAUGUGCAAUAAUGAUAAAAAUGCAUCUUACUGUAUAUGACACCUUGGAGCAGUAUUGGAAAUCAUCUUCAAUUAUAUCUUAUCAAUACCAAAUUAAUAAAGGAUUUACUUGAGUGAGUGCUCAUAGUUAAAUGUUAAGUGCUCUGGCUCUACCUGACAAAAGAGACUGGCACAAUAAUUAAUUAUUACAUAAUUAAAGCACGAACAAAAACAAUAACUGUAAAGCAUUACUCUGCUGAUGCCGUUCACAUUGACUUACCAUCAAGUAUGAUUAAUGCUUUCACAGGCUGGGUAUGAAGACUCACCAGAGGACAUGCUAAUGUGCUCUAAAUUGCAUGUAAGCAGAAUUAAUUUGGUUCAUUCAGUUAAUUAGAAAGCUAAAAUGUUCAUUGCUGCUAAUUUCUGUCUAUGUAGAUCUGUCAGAUAGAUAGAUAGAUAGAUAGAUAGAUAGAUAGAUAGAUAGAGUGCAUCAAAUGCAAUAAAUGGAUAAGAGUGCAGGGUAAAAUGUCCAUCAACAAAUCUAAUCAGCCCAUUCAGAAAUAGCAAACACCAUUUGCUCAAACAUAUCCAGUGUACCUUUAGUGCAAACUAAUGAGCCACAGCUCCCCAGCCAAUGCUCGCUGAUGCCAACUGUCACCUUUUAACAAUCAAAUUACUUUGCUGUCUGUUGCUUGGCAGCUUGGUUGCUCUGGCUUUUCUCUCUAAGUAAACCUUGAGACUACAUUCGCCUCUCCUCAAUUGGAUUUUUGUCCUGAUGCUUUUUCUGAAAGGGUUUAAAAGAGUUAUUGUUGUGUUCUUUAAAAGUGAUUUUGUUUGUUUGUUUGCUUGUUUGUAUUUUUUUAACUGAAUUUCAUCUCUUUCCGCCAAAUGCCCUACCGCCACACAUAAUAGGCACUUGCAGAUCCCACCCCCACUCUGUCUGUUGAUGGCACCAAUGUUCCUUAUCUGAAUGUAUUUACGUCAUUGUCAAUGUAAACUUUGGUUAUAUAGAUGAUAUGACAGUACUUUAUCAGAUGUGGACCUCGGUUUCCCCACUAAAAAUCUAUUAUUUGAAUGAGUGUUCCACAACAAAAAAAUAUUAAAAAAUAUACCCUUGACAACCAUAAAGAUACCUUCAUGACGUAUCAGUGUGAAAGUGUGACUAGUAUGAGUCAUUUCAAGUAUUCUCUUGUAAACUGUAAAUUAUGCUGGUAAGCUAUGAGUGUACAAAAGCGGCUAACAUUUCCACUUUAUUUAUCUGUGACUAAGUCAAUGAAGAAAAAAAGACACUGAACUGUGGCUUUGUAUGUUAAUUUCAUUUACUGAAAAACCAUGCAUGUGCAAGCAGAGUAAUGGGUGGAAAACCAGGUCUUAUAUAUUUAAGCCAAUUUCAAAAAUUCCAUGUUUAGGUUGUUGUUUUUGGCUAUUGUUGAAUUAAAAAACUUGAACAUU